AUGAAUUUCCAAGAUCUUGAGCUUGCAUUAGGAAAACUACAAACACGAAAGAAGAAUGCGACAAAGAUUGCUCCAUUCGUUGCCCUCGCUAUUUUGUUCACUCUCAUCCCCAUUUAUUAUCCUAAUAAAUUCUCACAAGUACUUUCUUCUUCUUUAGUACCACUUCAAGAUAACGUAUCGCAGAAAAAGGAAUAUUUGACCAGUAGAGAAGAACAACAGGAAAAAAUCAUAAUAUCAUCAGCAGAAAAAGAUGAGAAAAGUCUACAAACUAAUCUGACGAAAAGUGACUCAUAUUAUUCAGUGGCGCCUCAAGCAAUUAAAAAGUGCGACUUAUUCUCAGGGGAAUGGAUACCAAAUCCAGAAGGGCCCUACUAUACAAAUAUGACGUGCUUUCAAAUUCAAGAACAUCAAAAUUGCAUGAAAUAUGGGAGGCCUGAUACUGGAUUCUUGAAGUGGAAAUGGAAACCAGAUGAUUGCGAGCUGCCAAUAUUUGAUCCUCGUCAAUUUCUGGAACUUGUUAGAGAUAAAUCUCUCGCCUUUAUUGGAGACUCUGUUGCAAGAAACCAUAUGCAAUCAUUGAUAUGCCUCUUGUCCAGGGUAACCUCUCGUUCAUCGCCAUGUUUUGUCAUUUAA